AAUGCACAUAGCAGGAAGGUGCCACGCUACUCACAUUAUGCACUUACGGGGAACGUUCACUUCAAAAGUAGCAUGAUAAAACUACAACUCUUGAAAGUCUUUAUAUAUUCUUUAUCAUUGCACCCACUUUUUAUAUAUACGUUUGAAUAUUCUUUUCUAUGCGAUUGCAAGCUACACUGCAUUGCUUGUUCUGGUAGUAAAUCCCUGUUACUCUUCUUCCAUCACCAACCACAAACCCAGUAUCCAACCACAGAUCCAAAUCUACACGCUCGUCCACGCUAUAAUGGCAGACAGUGUAGUUACCUUUGUUUUAGAUCACUUAGCCCAGCUUGCGGCCCGGGAAGCUAACUUGCUGUAUGGCGUGGAGGAUAGAGUCCAGUCUCUCCAGUACGAACUUGAACUUAUCAAAGAGCUCCUCGAUACCACAAAGAGAAAGAAGGGAAUGGAAUAUACUGUAUUGAAGCAAAUCAGAGAUGUGGCCCACUUAGCUGAGGAUGUCAUCGACACAUUCGUGGCCAAAGUUUCCAUUUACAAGAAGAGAACCAUUAUGGGAAGGAUGCUCCGUGGCUUUGGCCAAGCAAGGUUGCUCCAUCACGUAGCCGACAAAAUAGACAAGCUCAAAACCACUCUCAACGAGAUACGCGACAACAAGGACAGACACGAUGCUUUCAAAGAAAUCACUAAUCAAUCCGCGGUGAAAGAGGAGGAAGAGAAGGAAAGAGCACAAUCACAGCUAAAGAAGCUAAGAAGAAAUGUGGAGGAGGAAGAUGUGGUUGGCUUUGAUCAGGACUCCAAGGAUAUCAUCAAGCGACUCCUGGAAGGUGAUUCAAAUCGCAAAGCAGUCUCUAUCAUUGGCAUGGGGGGAUUGGGGAAGACCACCCUUGCCCGAAAGGUCUAUAACAACAGUCAGGUGAAGCAACACUUCAUGUGUCGCGCGUGGGUUUAUGUGUCAAACGAGUGCAGAGUUAAGGAGCUUUUGGUCAGCCUUCUUAAGCAUUUGAUGCCAAAUUUUAAACAGCAAAGCAAAGGCAACAAAAAAGGUAAGAAAAGGGAUGGAGACAUUAACAGCCUGAGUGAGGAGGAGCUGAAGGAACAGGUGCGGAGCUGCUUGGAGAGGAAAAGAUAUCUUGUGAUAGUAGAUGAUUUGUGGAAAAGGCAAGAUUGGGACGAGGUGCAAGACGCUUUUCCGGAUAACAACGGAGGGAGCAGAAUAUUGAUCACUAGUCGUUUGAAAGAAGUGGCCUUGCAUGCUGGUGAUGAUGUUCCUCACUAUCUUCAAUUCCUAAAUAAUGAAGAAAGUUGGGAGUUGUUUCGAAGGAAAGUGUUUAGGGGUGAAGACUAUCCUUCUGAUUUGGAGCCUUUGGGAAAACAGAUGGUUCAAAGUUGUCGUGGUUUGCCACUCUCCAUCAUUGUCUUAGCAGGGCUGCUAGCCAACAAGGAAAAGUCACGUAGAGAAUGGUCUAAAGUGGUGGGUCAUGUUAAUUGGUAUCUUACCCAAGAUGAGACCCAAGUGAAGGAUAUAGUUCUGAAACUCAGCUAUGACAACUUGCCAAGGAGAUUAAAACCAUGUUUUCUCUAUCUUGGGUUAUUUCCUGAAGACUUUGAAAUCCCUGUUACGCCAUUAUUACAAAAAUGGGUUGCGGAGGGUUUUAUACAAGAUACAGGAAAUAGAGACCCAGAUGAUGUUGCGGAAGACUACUUGUACGAGCUCAUUGAUCGCAGUUUGGUUCAAAUAGCAAGAUUGGAGAGUAAUGCAGAUGUAAAGAUAUGUCAGGUUCAUGAUCUUCUUCGAGAUCUUUGCAUAUCAGAGAGCAAAGAGGACAAAGCUUUUGAAGUUUGCACAGACAAUAACAUUCUAGUCCCGACAAAACCUCGCAGGCUGUCCAUUCACAGUAAGAUGGAUCACUACAUUUCUUCAAGCAACAAUGACCAUUCAUGUAUCCGUUCUCUGUUCUUCUUUGGCCCAGAUUACGAUGUUCAUAAGAGGGAGUGGAAAUGGCUUUUGAAAGACUUCAAACUCGUUCGAGUGUUAGAGCUCGCACCAAAAAGCCGUGGAAAGAUCCCUUCUAACAUCGGGAACUUUAUGCAUUUAAAGUACUUGAGAAUAGACUCACAGUAUAUCACAUUUGUUCCAGAUUCAAUACUUCACCUUUGGUCUCUACAAACCAUAGACCUUGGCCCUUGGAGUCGGAACGUUUCAAUUUCUUUUCCUGUCCAAGUGUGGAAACUCAAACAUUUAAGACAUUUGAGUACACGGGGGCCUAUUAAGUUGCGAGGCAGUUGUUUGGGAUCAUGUGAGAAGAUGUGCAAUUUACAAACUAUCUCUCCCCUUGUACUCAAUAAACAAGCAACAUCUCUGAUAGAGAAAGGGACAUUCCCCAAUAUUAAGAGAAUAGGGUUGAGCGUGGUUUUUGGUAAAGGUCAAUUAUCCAAACUGUUGCAGAGCUUACAACUUUUAAGGUAUUUGAAUGAGUUCGUGAUCGUCCUCCGAGAUAAAGUUUAUGGCAAUUUCGUAACAGUCCAUGAGGGUGUGGAAAGGAAGAAUGGUUGUAAGCCGCAAGAACUAUUUCAAAGUCUAGGGCAAUUUAAUUGUCUAACUGUCUUAGAGAUUAAUAACGUUAUAGACCUUCUAACUUGUGCACUCACACUUCCUUCAAACGUUACAGAGUUAAAAUUGGCAGGAAUUCGCUGCAUUAGUGACGAGGGGAUGAAGGGUUUGGGAAAUCACGCCAGACUCAAAAUUUUGAGGCUUUUUGGAUUUAUGAUUUUUUCGACUCUGAAUUCCUAUGACCUUACUUGUGUUGGAGGCAGCUUCCCACAACUAGAAGUAUUUCAAAUGGAAUUUUUGAAAAUUGAAAAGUGGAAUUUAGGCAAAGGUGCAAUGCCAAAACUUCAAAGUCUGGUGAUAAACUUUUGUGGAAGGUUAGAUGAUCUCCCAAAUGAACUCUGGUCAUUGAGUGACUUGAAAAAAGUACAUGUAACGAAACCCUCGAGACAAAUGAUUGGCGUCUUACAAAAUUUGGAAAUCAACAAUGCAGUUCAACUCGUCACAGAAGAUCUUCCACCUUGGAUGGAUGAGACGGAUUGGGAAGUUUUCGAGUAUUUGAUGGAAGGCUAAUGACCCUUAGUUUGAAGGGGCUUAGGUCCUCGGUUAAGUGGAAGCAAUGAGUGAGAAACUGACACAUGUAAUAUAAUAGUAAAUGUCAAUGUUUGAUGUGGCAUUAAUGUUUUCAUGUUUCAUUGGACCCGUAGAAGAGGUAGAUGUAUACAGAGUCAAAUAUG